AUGUCCCUUUGUAGUGUCAUGUCUUGGUGUAAGUUACUCGAUAUACCUCCUGAACUACGAGUCCUUAUACUUGAACAUUUACUCCAUCAUGACGUUGCUUUACAGCAUCGUGCUACACCUGCGGUCCUACAAACAUGCCGACAAAUCUACGAUGAAGGUCAGUCUAUUCUCUAUGCUAAGAGCUGUUUCCGACUGGAUACCUAUUUUGGAUAUGGCCUAUGCGAGAAGCACGACCGGUCGACACAAAGAGAUUUAAGCUUCGCACCCUACGAAAGGGAAAGACACAGGGCUACGAAUAUUACCUCGUGGCUUCCUAGCGCAUUACUUAAGGUUGGAAGUAUUCGCAUAAACCUCUUUCUCUACGACAAUGGCGCAAUACCACAUCUUUCGGUCUUUCUCUACGCGCUUUGCGGCUUCCUAGCGGGCUACCAAGAAGCGAAGAGCCAAAGCAUUCAGAUUCAUCUGACUACAAGUGAAGAGCUGUCUGGCUCGUACAAGGGCGAGGCGUGGAGUCUGUAUCCCCUUGCGAAGCUUCCGCCAACAAUUACGAUAGCGGUUACCGGCUUCUUAGAGGUUUCGCAAACCACCUUAGCCGCGUUUAUGGACCAUCAACAUACGAGGAAAGAUGUUCCCGAAGCUGCUCGGUUUCUUACUAUACGCGAAUAUAACGCUAUAGAGUCGCGAAUCCAAGCUUUGCGUGAAGCCCUGGAUGAGAUGAACAUACAGGACCAGGCAAAUCUCGAGGAGUGGUUGGACGAUGUUGAAGAGCUCCAAUCCUACACGAAAGCAGACUUGGACAUUGGUUCAGAUAGACGGCCUAUGGUAUUCGGAAUCCGGUGGGAUGAUGCAGCGAUGCGUCGACUGAAAGCUGCAUCAAAUGUUGUCGCGCAGCUGGAAGAUAACCCGAAGGUUGGAGCAAUCGACAGUGAUAGCCUCUACGACCAGUACUUUCCACAUACCGGCUUGGACUAUAAUGGAAGCGUCAAUGAUCUUUCUGGGAUAUGGCCUUCGCUCAUGUCGUCUGAAACGACCGAAUGGCUUAGACAGAACGGCAUUAGCGGCUGA